AUGUCGCUAGGCUCAGGACCAGUGUCCCAUCCGAGCUGCAAGGUCAUUCUUGCGGGGACCAUAGCGAAGGGACUGUUGGCAGAAAUCCAGGCUGGUCUAAAGGAACUCGAUCGCAAGCCACAUCUGUUGGGGAUUCUGGCAAACAAUGAUCCCGCUGCCAGAGUGUAUGCCGAUUGGACCGAGAAGACGUGUCGCGAAAAUGGCUUCGCGUACACGCUCCAAGAAGCGGCAAAGGACUCGGUGGAGGAGGUCGUGCUCGCGGCCAACGCCAACCCGACCUACGACGGCAUCAUCAUCUACUACCCGAUCUUCAACAACCGGGGCCAAGACCAGUACAUCCAGAACAUCGUAUCCCUGGCCAAGGACGUCGAGGGCCUGAGCCACCAGUACAUCUUCAACAUGUACCAGAACAUCCGGUUCCUGGACGAGGCGCAGAUGGUCAAGAGCAUCCUGCCGUGCACGCCGCUGGCCGUGAUCAAGAUCCUCGAGUACCUGCACAUUUACAACACCAUCCUGCCCUACGGCAACAGGCUGUUUGGCCGGACCGUCUGCGUCGUCAACCGCAGCGAGGUCGUGGGGCGGCCGCUCGCCGCGCUGCUCGCCAACGACGGCGCGUGCGUCUACUCGGUCGACGUCACGGGCGUGCAGCAGUUCACCCGGGGCGAAGGGAUCCGCAAGCGGAAACACGAGGUGGUGGAGAAGGAAGGGUGGACGAUUGAGAAUUGCGCCCCGCUGUGCGACGUCGUCAUCACGGGCGUCCCGGGCGAAGCGUACAAAUUCCCCUGCCACCUGUUGAAGGAGGGGGCCGUGUGCAUCAAUUUUUCCAGCGAAAAGAACUUCCCUCCCGAAGUCAAGGAAAAGGCGUCCAUCUACGUCCCCGCCAUCGGCAAAGUCACCAUCGUCGUGCUGCUGCGCAACCUGCUCCGCAUCGUGCAGAACCGGCAGGCCCAGGUGACCAAGGAACAACAACAUUCCGCGGCUCAGGCAUCCGCGGUUGGAGACAGUCUGAGAGUCGAGGCUAUCGACAACAAUGAUACUGUGGCAGACGGGCGAAAAGGAGAAACGGCCCCGAACGGGGUUGCGAGGUAA